AUGCCCUCGGUGACCCAAGAGUUCAAGGGAAGAGCCAAGUUGUUCAAGACCUUGGAGCAGUCCCGAGCCCACUUCAUCCCGCUUGGAUCCUCCUCAUCGGCAGCCGGGAGCGACGAGGAGAGCUUCUACCAGGACGAAGAGGAAGCUACGAAAAACGACAACAUCACUGCGCGAGGCGGUGAAGGGAUCGCCAACGCGAGCCGUGAUACGCCUGUGUCUGGGAGAGCCGACAGCAGCAGGGACAUGAGCCUGCGCUACAGCAGGGUCACGUCUGGUGAUGGCGGUAGCCCCGCCACCGAGGCCGAGCAGUCUAAGCGACGGCGGUCUCAGCUGGCGGACAGGAUCUCGAACAAGCUGCACGCCUUUUUCUGGGUGGUGGUGGGAGUGGCGGUGGUGUACCGCACGGACUUCGUUCGAGUGCUGGUGGAAGAUGAGCGGGUCGAUCGGUUAUGGUUCAAUAUCGGGUUGGUGUGCUUCAGUGUUAACGCGGUAAUUUUGGCGUACUUGACGGUGUGGCUGCCGCACGUGAGAGGCAUCCGGGUGUCGUGGAACGUGUACAGCCCAAGAGCCAUCCCUACGGCGACUGUUGUCGGGCUGAUCUGCGCUUUGGCGUUGAAUAUGUCGUUGUGGAAUGUGUGGGGAUUCCUGACGCCCCUCAUCCUCUUCGCGGUCUUCAUCGGAUGCUUGUUUAGCCUGCACUUCGUGCCUUGGCCUUGUUAAGACACAAGACAAGUGCGGCUGGCCCGGGGGUCAGGAUCAUGUACAGUUGUUUCCGCUGCUUAGUCACAGGGGUACAGGAGAGGGCCGGAGGGAGGGAGCAAAAGCUGGGGCGGGCUUCACGCCCCAACAGGCUUGAGGCACUUGUAUAGUUUUCCGGAGCGCCCCUCUAUGGGAUUUAUGAGACGUCGUCUACCUGUAGUCUUUUUUUUUUGGCGGGCAACCCGGAACAAAAGCCACGCUCUCCAACUACAUGUGGAAAUUGUCUGAUCGCACCUCGUUGCCCUGAAUGGCUGGCACACAGCUCUUCAUGUUUACUGUGCUUUCUUCCGAACCCAAUGUAAACCCACACC